GGAGGAGGAGAAGAGAAGGAAGGAGGAGGAGGAAGAGGAGAAGAGGAGGAAGGAGGAGGAGGAGGAGGAGAGGAGAGAGGAGAUGAAGAGAGAGCACAGGAGAGCGAUACAGAGUCUGGUGUGUGAAUACAGCAGCUCUCAGACAGAGCUACAGACUCGCAUAGUCGCCCUGGAGACAGAGCUGCGGGAGCGUGAGGAGAGGUGCAGGAGGAGAGAGGUUCCUCUCUGUGAUGACCUCCAGAUGGGGAGACUACAGGAGAGACUCACUGAGAGAAACCAGCUCAUCAAACGCCUAGUGGAAGAAAGACAUCAGCUGCAGCUUCAUCCUCCGGUUGCCGGGGACAACGGAACCCUCAGGCUCCAUGACAACAGGCCACACCCCGGGAUCGUUACACCAACUAUGAGGAGGAAGCGUGUGGAGGAGUCUCCGCCCCGCAUCACCAGCGUCCCGAACCUCAACGCCUACGAGAGGAGCGUCCUCCUCCCCCACGACUCCCCCCGCCUCCCCCAACAUCCCUCCCCCUCCUCAACUCUGCCCUACGCCUCCUCCUCUCUCCCCCGUUCCUCCCCCUCCCUCCCCCGUACUCCCAGGUCUCCCAGUUUGGAACGCAGCGGUCCUCUCUCUCGUACCGCAACUCCCCUCCCCCCUGCUCCCACCACCCCUCUCCCCUCUGUCCGUCCCCCCUCCCCGAGGCUCGGCACGGGAUUCGACGCGUCACCUCGCCCUCGCAGGAGCGCCGCCCACACCUGAACAACCGGUCAACCAGGAGCCCAUAUUUGGAGCAGAGGGGGAGUGGCCAGGGGGCAGAGGGGCGGGACCCUCAGAGGCAGGAGUGGUACACCAAGUACUUCUCUUUCUGAACAUACACACACACACACACACACACACACACACACACACACACAGAAACACACACACACACACCUGACAGACCAAAACUAUGCUUUGUUCAAUGCCAAUGUAUUGUAUUAUAAUCUAUAAUAUGGAAUAAAGUAUUUUCUAUAUAUUUAA